CUCCCCUUCUCCUCCCCCGUGCGGUGGUUGUCCCUGCCUGUAGUCCAAUUCCGCGGUGGACGCAGUCUGUUUGCGGGGCGGGCAUGUUCCUGGGGAAACUCGUUUACCCAGAAGCCCACGCACCACUUCAACUUAGAGACCAGGCUUCCUCGGGCUUCGGCAGCGUUUCCCAUUUAAACAAACAGUGACGAAGAUGGCGGAGAGUUAAUGGUGUAAAGAAGAAAUUAUCGAUCCGGGAGAGAGACGCGGGAGCCAGGUACUGAUAUGUGUGCACGAUGAGCGGACUCGGGGAGAACUCCAUGGAGCCUCUGAGUUCAGAAAACCGAAAACGCAAGCUGUCCACCUGCGACACGCCGGCUCUGGGUUCUGAGAGGAAGCGACGGGAGCAGGAGAGCAAGUACAUCGAAGAGCUGGCCGAGCUGAUCUCCGCCAACCUCAGCGACAUCGACAGCUUUAACGUCAAACCGGACAAAUGCGCCAUCCUGAAGGAGACGGUGCGGCAGAUCCGGCAGAUCAAGGAGCAGGGAAAAUCUUCAUCCAACGAUGACGACGUUCAGAAGUCAGACGUGUCCUCGACUGGUCAGGGAGUCAUAGACAAGGACCACUUGGGGCCUCUUUUGCUGCAGGCGCUGGACGGCUUCUUGUUUGUGGUGAACCGGGAGGGCAGCAUCGUGUUCGUGUCGGACAAUGUGACGCAGUACCUGCAGUACAAACAGGAGGAGCUCAUCAACACCAACGUGUACAACAUUCUCCACGAAGACGACAGGGAGGAGUUCCACAAGAACCUGCCCAAAAGCAGCAUAAAUGGAGUGUCAUGGGGAAACGAACCGGUCCGACAGAAGAGUCACACCUUCACCUGUCGUAUGCUGGUCAAGUUUGGCCACGCCCACGGACCCAUGGAGGAGGGGCCAGGAGGACCACGAUACGAGACCAUGCAGUGCUUUGCUCUCACUCAACCCAAGGCCAUGAUUGAGGAGGGGGAAGACCUUCAGUCAUGCAUGAUCUGUGUUGCCCGUCGAGUCACGGCGAUGGAGAGAACGGAGAGUUUCAACACUCGACACGAGCUCUCAGGUAAACUGAUUCAGAUUGAUCAAAACUCCCUGAGGGCCUCCAUGCGUCCGGGGUGGGAAGACCUGUUGAGACGUUGCAUUCAGAUGUUCCUCCAGCACAGCGACGGGCAGCCCUGGUCGCAUAAACGCCACUACCAUGAGGCCUUUCUGCAGGGUCACGCCGAGACGCCCUUGUACCGCUUCUCUCUGUCUGACGGCACUCCAGUAACGGCCCAGACCAAGAGCAAACUGUACCGCCACCCCAUGAGUAACGAGCCCCAAGGCUUCAUCUCCACUCACCUACUUCAGAGAGAACCAAAUGGUUACCGUUCAGCACCAGGCGGUGGCAUGAUGUCCAACAGUAUGCGUCAACAAGGCAUGGGUGGCCCCAGCCCGAACACCCAAAUGAAUGUGAACCCAGGUGGAGGGAUGGGCAUGGGAGGCAUGGGCGGCAUGAACAGGGGCUUCAGCAUGAAUGAGCAGGGCCAUAUGGCUCACAUGGCUCCAAUGGGAGGUGGUUCCAUGUACGGAGGGAGCGGUGGAGCAGGAGGCGGCGGUGGAGGCAUGGGCAACCGCGUGAUGCAGAUGAACCAGAUGGGACAGAUGAAUCCGGUGGGGCACAUGAAUCAUCCGGGCCAAGGCAUGCAGCCGCAUCCACAGCAGCCCCCGUUUCAGAACAGCGGCGGCUUUGGACUCAGCGGCAUGAACAGCCCAUCAGGGAGUCCUCGAAUAGGGGGUCCCCAGCAGGGAUUCCUCAUGUCACCUCGAAACCGAGGGAGCCCCAAAAUGGGCGCCAACCAGUUUUCCCCUGGAGGUAUGCACUCACCCAUGGGUAGCAUUGGGAGUGGUGGAGCAGGUGGUGGGGGAACUUCUACCUUCUCCAGUAGCUCACUUAAUGCUCUUCAAGCCAUCAGUGAAGGAGUUGGCAGCUCUCUUUCCUCCACUCUAACCUCCCCUCCACCAGCCCACAAACCCGACAGCUCUCCCAGCAUCCACUCUUCCUCCUCUUCAUCUCAGCCUAACCAGCAGGGCAAACCCAGCCAAGAUGGCUGCAAAAGUCCAACUGGAGGCUUAGGACCUGGUGACCACCACCUUUCGACGCACCAUCACCACCAUCAACAACACCCGGCGGAAAGUUCUGCAGACAGACCCGACAGCCAGGCGGCAACGUCGACAAAAGAGUCUGGAGAGGGAAGCGGCGAGGCGGGAGUCACGAACUCUGAAUCGCAGCGGAGGUUGCCGGACAGUAAGGGGCACAAGAAGCUGCUGCAGUUGCUGACUUCACCUACUGAGGAGCUAGGAAUAGGGGGCAGCGGAACAUCAGGGCCACCUGUACCACCACCGAACAGCAGCAGAAAUGAUGUAGGCUUAGACUGUAAAGACGCCUCAGGAGGCAUGACUAGCCCUUCGUCAACAGGGGUGUCCUCUUCGUCAGCCGCUUCAAGCCAGGCAGCCGGGCAAGGCACGUCACUGUCACUGUCUUUGUCAUCGGCAAAUUACACAGGCUCACUUCAAGAGAAGCACAAGAUCCUACACAAGCUUCUUCAAAACGGAAAUACUCCUGAUGAAGUAGCAAAGAUCACAGCAGAGGCAACGGGAAAAGUAUCUCUCGGGGGCCAGGAGAGCAGCGAGGCUGCAGCCAGCAUCUCUGGGCCCGGGUUAGGCUCCGGGUUCACAGCAGACUCCAAACAGGAGCAGCAUAGUCCUAAGAAGGAGAAGACCCAUGCCCUUCUCCAUUACCUCCUCAACAAGGAUGAUUCCAAAGAGCCUGUGGACGUCAAGCCCAAACUCGAAGAGUUGGAGGGGAAGGGCCCUCCUGGCCCCACUGGGGGCCCCCUACCUGAACAUCCCGAGAGCAAGAUCAAAUCAGAACCAUCAGAUGAUCUGCACAACCUAGAGUCCAUCCUGGGGGAUUUGAGGGGGUCGAGCUCCGACUUUUACCCUGAUCUGGCCGGAGGUGGAGUAGCAAACAGAGCAGGGAAUAAACCACAGGGUUGCCUUGAUGACGGUUUGCAAGGCAGUCCAGUAUUGGGUCCUGGAGCUCGGGGGCCAUUUCAGAGGACCCUGUCCAUGGACGGGAAGCCUUCCAUUGCACCUGGCGGAGCAGGUAGACGGCCCAUGCUUAUCAAGCAGGAGAAGAUGAUGGGCAGUCCUGACAGCUACCCAGGAAACCUUGGACCAAUCAACAGGGGUGUUGUCCCGCAGAGGUCUCCCAUGGGGGGUUCAGGAGACUGGGGCAUGCCCUGCUCCAAUGCCAGCGCUGCAGGUUCAGCAGGACACCCGUCUAUGAUGCGGCCCGGCAUGGAGUAUAACAGCGGCAAGAGUAUGAUGCCAGGACCCAUGGUCGGCCGCUCCAACAGCGUGCCGGGCUCCAGGUCAAUGCUGCAGCAGCAGCUCAUGGAUAUGGGUGGCUCUAGUGACAUGGGGAUAGGAAUGAGCCCCUUCAGCCAGCAGGGCCAGCCCACCCCGUCCCCGUCCUGGCCCGACUCCAUGAUGAGCAUGGAGGGCAACAGGCGGCAGUUUGGAAACUCCUUGGACGACCUUCUGGUUCCUCCCACCACCAGUGAAGGUCAGAGUGAUGAGCGGGCGCUUCUGGACCAGCUGGACUCUUUGCUGAAUAACACAGACGGCAUCGCUUUGGAAGAGAUUGACCGAGCUCUGGGUAUCCCAGACCUCGUCAGCCAGAACCAAGGACCAGAGACGCUGGAGCCCUUCCCAGGCCAGGACCAAGCCAUGCUGCUGGACCAGAAACCUCUGUAUGGACAGGGCUAUCCCGGCCCCCCUUCCAUGCCCAUGCAGUCCGGCUAUGGAGGGAACCCCAUGCAGGGUCAGGGCCAGCAGGGGGGCUUUGGGCCUAUGCUCUCGCAGAUGGGGCAAGGUGGCAACUUUCCUGGUAUGGCUGGAAUGGGGGGCAUGGGGAACCCACGUGCCAACAUGAUGAGACCAAGAAUGAUGAGCCCCAACAAGCCCAUGAGGCUGCAGCUGCAGCAGAGGCUUCAGGGACAGCAGUUUAUGAGCCAGACGCGGCAGGGCAUGGGCAUGAAGAUGGAGAACCCUGGAGGAAACCCCGGCAUGAGGCCUGGUAUGCAGCCCGUCAUGGGAGGACAGCCGGGCUUCCUGAACGCUCAGAUGAUGGCUCAGCGCAGCAGAGAGGUGGUCACCAUGCAGAUGAGGAGGCAGCGCAUGAUGAUGUUUAUGCAGCAGCAACAGCAGCAAGCGGCAGCAGCAGCAGCAGCCGGAGGGUUCAGCCCUCCUCCGAACGUCACGGCUCCCGGCGGCAUGGACAGCCCUAUGGGGGGGCCAAACAUGGCCCAGCCGGGCCCCCAGCAGUUUGGUUACAGCAGCAGCUAUGGGAUGGCACAGCAAGGAGACCCCUCUUUUGGCCCAUCAGGAGGCAGUCCUCCUAAUGCCAUGAUGCCUGGCCGCUUGGGGCCUCAAAACCCCAUGAUGCAACAGCACUCGCAGGGCGGGCCCAUGUAUCAGGGUCCUGACAUGAAAGCCUGGUCCCAGGGAGGAGUUGGACGGAACAGCGCUUCAUAUCCUCAGCAGCAGUUUGGGCAGCAGGGGAAUCCAGCGCAAUACGGAGGGAUGAUGAUGAACGGGGCCAUGCCGUCCAGCGGAGGAGGGGGUCACAUGGGUCAGAUGGGUGGGCAAAUGGGAAUGAACCCAAUGGUUAUGGGACGCAUGCCUAUGGGGCCCGAUCAGAAAUACUGCUGAAGGCUGCAGCUCACUGUGACCAGCGCCCGGACAGUCUGUGCAGAGCGGCGGGGGUAGAUGGGACACGCCGCACCUUCACCACACGAGGGAGUGAACCUCCUUUUGGACCGAAGGCCUGUAUUUUUUAAGCCCGGCCACCUGCGAACAAACAGGCGCCGCAUGAAAAUGCAACUGCGUUCCUGCAAAAUCUGGGGACCUCAACACACAAACUCUGCAGGCACAAGCCCCUCUCCGGGUGGAACGGGGAGAGGGGCGGACCACACAGACUCUGCCGAAUGUACCAUGAAGCUGUAUUUUUCUGAUUCCCGUCUUUUUUUUUUUUUCGUCUCCUGGAGGAUCGCUUUCCUAAAGCGGCUCCCGCUGAUGAGCCACCAGAUUGUGACACUCACAUGAAUGUCAUUAAGCAGUAGCACAUUGCGUCGUCCUCCAGGGUGUCACGGAAUGCGACGAAAUUACUAGUUGGCUGGUUGCACUUUAAGGAAAAGCCAACAUCAGAAGGAUUGUGGCAAUAUAGAGGCCUUUACCCAAGAAUUAGCGUUUCGCAUCAAACAUUUCCUGCGUAUUUUUGCAGGAAAUAUGUGGCACUGUUGUAACCCUAACCCUUCUCCCAGCUUUCCACUCUGUGACUGAAAGCUUUGGAAGUGAGGGAUGGUGGCAGUCUUUGCUCCUCAGUGGAAACCCGCUAAAAUAAUUUAAAAAAAAACACUGAACAGUCAUUUUUUAAAAUCAUUUUAAAACCUCUCAGACGCUGCCUUCGACUAAUGUGCAGUUUGUACUCAUUGAGAGGUAAAUUAGAGCUAAAACUGUUUGGGUUGCAGAAAUUUAUUUUUUGUUUUUAAAUGAAUUUCAAAGACGUUUACGGCGUACAGGUCUUUAGCAAUAAUCCUUCUUCCUGGUUUUCCUCUGAGGGCGAAGCUGAAGUGUUGUGAGCUUGGAAACGGUACUGCAGUAUUAAGAUCUCACGUUUGGAAGGUUUUCUCUUUUACCUGUGAAUAUGAAUUGUAAAUACGACUCAAAUGUACGAUAUAUAAAUAUAUAUAAGCUUUUGUAGAUCACAUACCGUUUUUUGCACAGAUUGUAAGGCUUGAUAUUUAAAGUGUAAUUUUCUUAUUCUGUCUUAGGUCAGUUUUUAUUUUCAGAAAUCAUCAGAUGGAAAGAAAGGGCCUCUUUUUGUAAGCGGUGCAUGCAGAUCUUCUUUCAUACUGCCAUUUAGUUUCUUCAGCACUUUUUCAUUUGUGCUAAUUCAGAUCAUGAACUUCUUAUUUUCCUAGUAUAGUCUUUGCUACAGAGUUGGUUAUCCUUUUUAAUAGAUUUUUUUGUCCUUUUUUAAAAAAAAAAUUGCAAAAACACAAAUUAUGCCUGAACUAAUCGAGUUUGACUCCUGAUUGUGUUUUCCGUCUUGUGGCCCUGAGCAGAUUGUAGGUUUGGUAUUGUCUGAUCUUGACCUCUUUCUUCCAUUUGCAGCUCUUAAAGUUUUAGCCUGUUGUUUUUUUUUCUCAGUUAUGUGACUCUGGAGAUCACUUUAACCAUAAACCCGAGGCUUAAAUCUUGACGGUAGGCCACAAUAGAUGGAGACUAUUUAUCCGUCAGUCCUUUAUCAGGUGGUAUUUGGGUUUUUGUGUGAGGUUUUUUUUUUUUUUUGAUAAAGAUUUUACUUUCUUUUUUUUCUCCUGCAAAACUUUUUAAAGUCUACCUUUGAACACGCUUGAUCCAAAGAUUUCUGUUUGUCUGUUUCAGUGCAUAGAAGCAGUUCCUGAUGGUGCAAAUACCCAUUUGCUUUUUCUUGUUGCACAUAGCUUCUAAUGUACUUGGAGCUGAGUGGUACUGCAUAUAUUAGAUUCCCCAUCCAUGUGAAAUGGUCUCACUGCUGAAAUGCAGAAUAUCUUUUUGUUUUGUGAUUGUUUCUUCCUGUCUGUAGAAUGACUCUUUUUUUUUUUAAGUUUCCUGGUGCUCCUCCACAUAAGAAUGUUCCUUUAAGAGUCUUUAUUCAAGGUCAACGCCAUUUUUGUCCCUUAUUAUUCGCCUGAACUCAUUUAAAAGUGUUUAAGAUGGGGUUCAAUGUUUAAGCCCUUCCAAAAACAAACAAACAAACAAACAAAUAAAUAGAAGUUCUGAUGUCGCCGUAGCUCUAAAAAAAAAGAAAAAAAAGGGAAACCAUCUGUGAAACAGGCUGCCUUUUUCAGAGGAUGUAAAUACUGUUGGACUUUUUCAUGCCUUUUUCUUGAUGUUAAUAUUGAUGUAAAUACAAAUUUAUAUUUAAACAUUA